AUGAGUGGAAGCAGCUCUCCAGACUACAAGGCUCUUUUCCUCAAGGCAGAGGAGGAAAGGAAGCGGGAGGCCGAGCUGAGACGGCAGGCAGAGGAACGCAACCGACCGACGACUUUUCCAGAGUUUAUCCAGCAUUGCCACGAUCUCCUUCGGAGGCCACUCCGAGCCCAAACACCGUCUCGCUCAACGACAGGCAGAAUUCCCGCUCCUAUCGGAAAACACUGUCCCCUACGACUGCGUCCGUGGACUGACUGUGAGCAUAAACAGCGGGAGAUUUACGAAUCUGUUUGCCGUUACCUGCAGCCAGUAGGAGAAGACGCAUCACAGUUAUUCACGUCACUUGUUGCGUUGGAAGACUAUGGUCGACGAUUCGCACGUCGACUGAUAAGUAGCGAACAAGAUCUCGAGACCUACGAGCGACUUACCGUCGAAGACUAUGUGUACGAUAUUGUCGCCGGGUUGUGCAAAAUAUCAGAGUCUCGCGAGGAGUUCCGGUUAGGCAACGGAGUGUGGUUUGAUAAUUACGCUAAUGCUCUGGAGGAAGACGAUGAAGUCGAUGCUAGCGAGUCAUUAACCACGAACCCUUCGAAGCCUGAUUAA